CAAUCAAGAAAUGCAUUGCCAGCUCCUUGUUUCAGUCAAGAGUCUCCUACUCCUGUCCCUUGUGGCGAAAUCAGAAUCGGUGGUGGCAGCGGUCAUAUUGUUUCACUUGAAAGACGUAUAAUGUAUGUGGAGCCAUAA